AUGGGACAAAGCAAAAAACGAGCAUGCACGCGGAGGAGCCGAUCCUUUGGCGGAUGCGUAACGUGUAGAAGUCGUCGCAUGAAGUGCGAUGAAGGACGUCCAACUUGCUCAAUGUGUCAAGUCUCUGGCCUUACAUGUGGAGGCUACACAAAAGACAUCUUCUUCGACUUUGAGGAUGAUCCCAUGACUGGGGUUGGUCGAUUUCGUCGCCCCUUGCUUACUGAAAGGGAGCGUGAAUGCAUGAGCCAGCAGAUUCUCGCAGAUAUUCCUCCAGCAUUGGCAACUUGGCAUCUUUCUCAGAUUGAUGAUGAAUGCGAUGGGACAUAUCCGACUCGAGAUGUCCAAAUAUCGCGCGGUCCGUUUGGGGCUUUCAGAGUCACCGGCGAUCCAACACGGCCGGCUUCAUCAGAUUUGCCAUCUCUUCCAGAGGAGGUUUCAACAGUACAGCAAGACCGAGAUGCGUUUCCUGGCGAGGAGGAAUCCCUCCCCCAAGAUGAUGAUAGCCAUGUAGACUUUAUAUCACCAUCGGUAGAACUCGCCACGCUAUCACCAAAAAUAUCAGGGCGCAGAGGUCGACUCUCCGGAUAUCAAACCCCUCCUGGUUCCAGAGGGGACUGGCUCAAAGUGCUCGAUGGAAUUCCUAUGGUCGACUUGCUGGAUAUGGCCGGACAUCUGGAGAUCCCCGAGUGGUGGGACACUAUGGGGGUUGAAACAAUAGAUCCAUGGGCCGGGGUCUCACAGACGACUGAUAGACGGACUACUUCGACUUCUCACCAUCCGCCAACACCAGCGCCUCCUUCGAGGCCGGUUUCCCUUAGUCUCGAGAACAAUGUUCCUCAAGAUGCCGUUUUCUUGUUGAAACACUAUGCUACUACUGUUCUCCGCGGUUUAACGCCUUAUCGUCAUAGCAAGACACCAUGGCAUGUCCUAUUCUUACCUCAUGUGAAGAGCUGCUUAGCAGCUCUGACUCUUGGGGAAGAUAUGGACAAUGCAAGUCUAUGCGCGUUCUUCGGGACAUUAGCCAUCAGUGCGUUUAGUCUCGGUGGUAUCUAUAGCUCGACCAGAUGGCUGGAUCAGGGCAAGACAUACCACCAGCGUGCCCGUCUACAUGUCCGUCUAAUGCUAGAAACUGCAUACAACAUCCCCAAGACAGCCAAGUACAAGUCCAUCCUUAUGGCUCUCCUCACCAUGGUUCAGAUCUCUAUUCUUUCUGGGAACCGAGACGAUGCGGAGUACUACUUUCUGGAAACAGAGCAGUUUAUCCGUCUCAGGGGUCUCAACCGAAGAAAGUCGAGAAAGGUUCGGCUACUACAUCAUUGUUAUGUCUUUGAACGACUUUCCCAUGAAAGCACUUUUACGGAGAGCAGAUCCCACUUGGCUCAUCGCAGCCGUGUUCGCCAGACUAUUGAGUCAAGCGGUGCGGUUGCAUAUAGCCAGGAUAGUCUCUCUUUCCGUCUCAGUGAAUGGAGUAACCUUGAUGCUGAGAUGCUCAAAGUCAAAGGGCAGGAAGAGGGCGAAAAUGACUUGCAUCUAGAGUGCCCAGGCAUCUGGUCUGCCACUCUUUACCCCGAAAUCUUUGGUGUGCCGGAACUGCAUUUGUUCAUGCUGUCUCUCAUCAUCCGUCUUGGACGAGAGAAGAACGGUGAUGACGAGCAGGCGGUAGCACCUGGAGUUGCAUUGAAGCAAUUCCUCGGUCGUGCAAAGGCUGUUGAGCGCUGGGUCAACCAAUUGCAUUUGCUCCAAAGAUCCACAUGGAUUGUAGAAGCACCAGCAGACCCAGAGCAUGAACAAUCCGUCAAUCUCCUCAACACAUUAUCCGACACGAUGCAGCAUGCUCUCUCAGUCUAUUUUUAUCGCACAGUAUAUGACCUAGACGCGAGCUUGCUGCAAAAACAUGUGGUUGGAGUGCGUGAUUGCUUGCUGCGGUUUGACGCCUCCGACGCCGGGAUGGGAUAUGGCUCUCUGAGGUUGAUAUGGCCUGCUUUUAUCGCAGCUUGUGAAGCAGACGAUUCUGGGAUUCGAAGUUCGUUCUCUCGAUGGUUUGAGGAUUCUGCGCGGCGAAGUGGUCUACGUAUCUUUACAGACACCAAGGAGCGUAUCGAGAAGGUCUGGGAGGAGAGAGGUUUCUCGAAUAGCAACAUUGUACUCGGGUAG